AUGACAGAUCAAGAUAAGAAACCGUCUCAAGAAGAAACACCACAUCCGCCUCCCCAAACAAAUACCAAUCAGAAGCCUGCCCAGCCUGCUCAAAAUAAACCUGCACCUGAGUAUUCAAAUUCUUAUAAUAAUGGGUCAAGUUAUACUGCCAGAACUGGGCGUUCAAGCCAGAACUAUAACAAACCAUACCAAUCUAGAAAUGGAAGUGGGUAUAACAAGAAUAAGUACAAUAACCCGAACAACAAUUAUAAUGGACAAUAUUACAAUAAAUACAAUAAUACAAUAAAUGGAUAUAGAGGUACAAGGGAUCAAUUGAAUGCUGGCUCAAUGGGCUGGCAAGGGUAUUAUGCUCCACAGGUUCUUUACAUGCCACAACAGAUGAUGCCAAUAAAUAAUGCCGGAAUGAUGGAAGUAUCCCCAAUUCCUUCCUUACCCACUACAGAAGGUAGAGCAGGAAGUGUUUCACCACAGAGAAAAAAGAUUGAAAUUACUACUAAAUCCGGUGAACAUUUGGAUUUGGAUGAAAUUCGUAAAUCAAGAGGAGAACAUUCUUCAAAACAAAGCUCUCCUGCUAUUCCUAUAUCUACCAAGGAUUCUAUUGAUAAGAAGUUAGAGAAUCCUUUCUUAAAAUCAAAGACAUCAUCUCCGGCUUUGCCAUCUUCACCAAAGGCCUCAACCCCAGAAGCGUCCAAUGAAGGACCAUCAAAGGUCGCUACUGAAACUGUAAAUAACACAGAACCUGUGGAAGAAAAGAUAACAGAUGCUGAAAAAACAAGAAAGCAAUUCUUAGAACAAGUUAGACUUCGUAAGCUGGCGUUAGAGAAAAAGAAAAACGUGGACGUUAAUGAAACUUCAAAACCUGUUGAGAAAGAAAAAGUACAGGUACCUGUGAUGAAGGAGGAAGAGAAAGUAAAAGAGCCCGAAGUUGUAGAAGGUGAAAAAGUGGAAGAACCCGAGAAACCUUCUGAACCAAAGGAGGACAUUGAUGAGCCAGUUAAAUCCUCAGAUUUGGAAACUAAAAUUGUAACAGAAAGUCAAGAAACGGUUGUUGAAACUCCAGUAAUUGAUGAAGUAGAGACCGAAUCAAAGACUGAAGCUGCCGAAGUAUCUGAAACUAAGGAAGAAACGGUAACUGAAGCUGACGAUGUGGCUGAAGAAACUCAUAUAUCUAUGACAGAUUUGCUUGAAAAAUUGAAAACAGCUAAGCCUAUUGAUGAUGUCUACUCUUUCUCAUAUCCAGCCGAACUUGUCCAACCUGAAGUUAAAUACCAAAAAAAGAAUGUCAAAUACACUUACGGACCAGCGUUUUUAUUACAAUUUAAAGAUAAAAUUAAGGUGACCCCAGAUACUGAGUGGAAGGCAAGUACACAAUCUAAGAUUGUUAUUCCUCCAGGUAUGAACAGAUCAUUUAGACCAAGGGAUGGAAGCUCAAACGUUCGAUUCAAUCAAAACCAAGGCCCUGGUGGCCGUGAUUUCAGAAGUGGUUCAAUGAGGAAUGAUAUGUCUAGAAGAAUGGACUCAAGAACCAUGUCAUCUAAGAGAAAUAAAUCAUCAAGAAGGGGUGGAAUGGAUGAUAGAAGAUCCAAUAGAUCAUCUUACGUUUCAAGAAAAGACCGUGAGUUGCAUGGAUAUGAUGAAAAACCAAAAGAAGAAGUGGCUCCAUUUGUACCAAGUGCCAAUAGAUGGGUUCCAAAAUCUAAGGUCAAAAAAACAGAAAAGAAAUUUGCACCUGAUGGAGUUACAGAAUUGUUAGACAAGGAAGAGGUCGAAAGAAAGAUGAAAUCUCUAUUAAACAAAUUAACUUUAGAAAAAUUUGAUCCGAUUUCAAGUGAGAUAUUAACCAUUGCUGAACAAUCUAAAUGGGAAACUACUGGUGAAACUUUGAGCUUAGUUAUUGAACAAAUAUUCCUUAAAGCGUGUGAUGAACCCCAUUGGUCUUCCAUGUAUGCACAAUUAUGUGGUAAGGUUGUCAAAGAACUGAAUCCUGAUAUUAUUGAUGAAAAUAAUGAAGGAAAGAAAGGUCCAAUGUUGGUCUUGCAUUACUUGGUUGAUAGAUGCCAUACAGAGUUUCAAAAGGGUUGGACCGAUAAAUUACCAACUAACGAGGAUGGUAGUCCACUAGAACCUGAAAUGAUGUCUGAUGAAUAUUACCAAGCAGCAUCUGCUAAGAGAAGAGGUUUAGGUUUGGUACGUUUCAUUGGGUAUUUGUAUCGUCUGAAUUUGUUAACAGGUAAGAUGAUGUUUGAAUGUUUCCGUAGAUUGAUGAAGGAUUUAACGGAUAAUCCAUCAGAAGAUAUCUUAGAAUCAGUAGUUGAACUGCUAACCACAGUAGGGGCACAAUUCGAGAAUGACCAUUUUAGAGCUGGUAAUGCAACCCUUGAGGGUUCUGCAUUAUUGGACAGUUUGUUCCAAAUUAUACAGACAAUUAUUGAUGGAGGAGCUGUGUCAAACAGAAUUAAGUUUAAACUAAUUGAUAUUAAGGAAUUAAGAGAGAAAAAACAUUGGAAUAGUGAAAAGAAGGAUAGUGGUCCAAAGACAAUUCAACAGAUUCAUCAAGAAGAAGAAGCUGCUCGUCAAUUAAAGAGUAACUCGAGAGCAAGUUCUAGACGUGUGAAUCACUCAACGUCUGGAAGCAAUAGAAACACAUAUAAGAGAGAUUAUCCAUCGUCAAAUAAGGAAAGGUAUAAUUCUGCGAGGGCACCAUCAACUAGACAUAACCCUAGACAAGCACCAAAGGAAGAGCAGCGUUCACCAGCACCUGCUGCAACAAAUAUGUUUGAUGCUUUGAUGGAUGCAAACGAGGAUGAUUGA